AUGCUCACCCGCCUCGCCCCCCGCCUCAUCGCCCGCACCACUCUCCCCGCGACCCGCGCCAUCUCGGCCGACGCGCUCGCGCACACGGCGCCCAAGGACACCGAGGGCCCCCUCUUCACCGGCAAGAAGGAGAAGAAGGCCGAGGCCAAGCGCAACGACACGGGCGACUACAAGCCCAAGGUCACCAAGGGGGUGCGCUCCAAGCUCGCCACUGGGUCGUCGGGCAAGGGGUUCGACGAGCUCAAGAAGCGGCACGAUGAGGGCAAGGACUAG